UUUCACAGUUUUGCUCCCAAAAUUGUCACCCGGACUCCACAUCCGGGAGACCCGUUGCUAGGGGCAACGCCGGUGGAAACAAACAUCAGUGUGAAGGUGCUGCAAUGAUGUCAGCCUCUCAAGAGCAGCAGGGACGAAAUGAUCAAGAAAAAACCUGCACCAACCCAGGAAACCCAGUUUUCUCCUGCAUGAUGGAAAAGACACAAGGAAGGAACAGAGGUCAGGUGUCGCGGGCCAAGAUCCAUCCCCUGUACAGGACCACGUCCAGUGACUACGGCCUGCUCUCCCCAACACCCGAGACAUCUCCUUGUGCUUUCCACCCGCUCUCAAAUAAGUUCAGCAAGGAGCUGGAGAAGUGUGGCAUGUACCAAAACAACUCCUUCAACACGAGUCUGGACAGAAGCCGAGUGUACGACUGCCCCAACCUGCAGAACACCAUCUGAGCCGGACAACGCAUUUUAAACCUGGACCGCUCCGUUUUUGUUUCUGUGAUGAUUCACUUCAGUCCUCCUGCAGUUUGACCUGAAAGUCAUCCAGGAAAAUAAACCUCAUGUGAAUCUUGAAUAAUUUGCUUGUGUGUGUACCUGCAUGCUUCAUUUUGACAACAGCCUGUAAAAGAACAGUGUUGUUAUUUUCUUUUCAUUUUUCUUCUUUUUUCCUUCAUUUCUUAAGCAGAAGCAUAAGGACAAAAUAAUAUUCUGUGUUCUGUGUUUCAUUGCUCACAACAUUGAACCAACAUUUGAAUAUUAAACUGUCAAAUUUGAAAGGAAAAAUGUUUCACAAAUGUCAUCAGCACCCCACACUUCACUAAUUAUUAAAAUCCUCCAAAAAUCAGAA